UCCUCCAGAAAUAAACAAAUUGGGGUCCUCGUCCUUAGAUGUAUGCUAGUCGCGGAGUCGCGGUUACGAUCUAUAUAUUGCGCUUUUAAAGAAAACUGUGAAAAAAUUAACAUCAACAUCCUCGUUUUAGAUUGCUAAAGGAAUGUUGAACAAAGCGUCGUUGUAUCGGCUCGGUCAUUUACGUCCCUAGUGGCCCAUUAUUUUUGUUUUCCAACGACGAAGGGUGUGUUUUCUUCGGUCGCGCUAACGCCGCUAAGACGCCAUACAGUUUACUUAAUUUUGAUAUUCACCCGAAAAUUAGCUGGGAGGGGUUAAUGAGCAUCAAUGUCAGGCAUUGCGCUUAGCAGACUGUCCCAGGAGCGCAAAGCCUGGAGAAAAGACCACCCGUUUGGUUUUGUUGCUGUGCCUACCAAGAAUCCAGAUGGAACCAUGAAUCUGAUGAAUUGGGAAUGUGCCAUUCCUGGAAAGAAAGGCACCUUGUGGGAGGGAGGAUUGUAUAAACUCAGGAUGCUCUUCAAGGACGACUACCCCUCCUCGCCACCCAAAUGCAAGUUUGAGCCACCGAUAUUCCAUCCAAAUGUCUACCCAUCCGGUACUGUUUGUCUGUCCAUCCUGGAGGAGGACAAAGAUUGGAGGCCCGCCAUCACCAUCAAACAGAUUCUGUUGGGGAUCCAGGAGCUGCUGAAUGAGCCCAACAUUCAAGACCCAGCACAAGCAGAGGCUUACACAAUUUACUGUCAGAACCGGAUGGAUUACGAGAAGCGGGUCAGGGCCCAGGCCAAGAAGUUUGCACCCACAUAAAUCUGGCAGGGAAGGAAGUCUGACUUGAUCGAACCCGAAGGACCACUCCAGCAAGGAUCAACUUUUCUGUACUUUUACGCCAUUUCAUCGGUGGCAUGUCAAAGAUAACCCCCAGCACUUGACUAUUGGUUGUAAACUCAACAGUUAGGCGUAAGAAGGAAGCAGGCCUCUGUCCAGCCACCACGAGGAGGGAAGCAUUCGAAAAAACAAGGUCGCUAAUUUGCUUUCUUCAACCAGUGUCAAUUCUCCGCAAAUUAUCACGACACGCGUUUGGGAACAAGCAAAUAAGUCUGUGAGUUUUUUGCCCAACGGAUAAGUGAUCGCGUGUAUAUAUUAUAAAUAAACCAAAUUGUGAAAGUUAUGUUUUAUAUUGUUUUAGCCAGUUGACGUGUGCGUGGUAUUAUAACGAAGAACACAAUAAAUUGUGUAUUGUGAAAUAAAAUUGAAUAAAAGAACACAAA